AUGGCGAACAACAGCUCUGUUCUAAGUGGUAAUUUUCCUGUAAAACAAAUUAGUAAGGAGGUUAUUAUCGUUCAAGUGUUGAUUGGAGUUUUUCUUAGCAUCAACUUUUUUCUGAUUAUAACUUUUUUCAAGAAGGAUGUAUUUCAUACAUCAAUGCGUUACAUCCUGUUUGCUGAGACUCUGCUGUCUGACUGUCUGUUUUUAAUUUUGGCAAAUGUUACGUUGAUUUUGAGCUAUUUUGGUGUUACCAUGCAAAUGGGAUUUUGCCUUAUUCUCUUUUUUCUUACGUCUCUUUAUUCAUAUGUGACUCCUGUCACCCUCACAGCAAUGACACUGGAGCGCUAUGUGGCCAUAUGUAUGCCCUUGCGACAUGCAGAGCUGUGUACACCGCAUGGUGCUCUGCAGCUCAUCCUCAUCAUUCACAGCAUCAGCGCUGUUCCCAUCACUAUUAAUCUUGCAGUUUUCUAUUCCACAGCGUCUCCUACCUUUAAUACCAAGAGAGCAAUUUGUCAUGGGGAGAUGUUUGUGCUGGUUACCUGGCAGGGCCAUUUCAGAUCAGCUAUAAGUCAGUUGUACUUUUUUAUAAUGUUCACAAUCAUUGUUUUCUCCUACAUUAAGAUCAUGAAAGUGGCUAAAACUGCUUCAGGAGAGCAUAAAAAGUCAACAUGGAAAGGACUCAGAACUGUAAUUCUUCAUGGAUUUCAGCUGCUGCUUAGCCUAAUCCAGCUGUGGAGUGUUUUCAUAGAAGCUGCUGCUCUUAAAGUUAGUCUGACUCUGUAUAUUAACAUUAGAUACUUUGACUACAUCAUGUUUUUUCUUGCCCCUAGAUGUUUGAGUCCACUCAUCUAUGGCCUUAGAGAUGAAUUAUUUUUUAAAGCAUUGAAGUCUUAUGCACUUUGGGGCUUGCAUAAAAAAUAA